CGCGGAUCUCACUGUUGAGAGCAUCCAAAAUGCAAUGAAUCGCCUAUCUGGCAAUGUCUCACACAUGUCUGUACACAUUACGAACACACCCACCUACUUGAUAAAGACCUAAUUACACUUGCCCAGCAAUCGAUCAAUGAGCAUGGACACACACAACUCACACACACACACACACACUCACAACCUCAAUCAAAGCUCGUCUCUUAUUUUUGCCGCAUGCAAGACAUCUGCACACAUCGAGAGGCAGACCGACAUGUACACAGACAAAUUUAGAUGAGCGCGCUCAUCGUUUACCUCUGUAUAUCUUUGGCAAUGUCAGUGCCACCACACCAGCCGGCCACGCAAUCGAUGAGUUGGCAAUCUGCACACACACACGAUGGCCAUCCAUCCAUCCGUGUGUGUGUGUGUGUGUGUACGUCAAGGACGGCAUGCAUUUUGUGCUCAGGGGGCAGCCGCAACACACGAGUCAGCAGCAGCGAAAGGAAAUUCAGCCUGCACGUGGAUGCGCACACGCAGGGUGCGCACAUGUGUGUGUGUGUGCGUGUGUCCGUCGUUCACUCACCCGAAGCAAGCGGUCUCUGCCUUCUCCCUCUCUGCCUCAGGAUGGAUGCGUAUCGCCACCUCAUCCACUGACAGGUUCGCUAUGAUACACACACACACACAUUCACAUAUAUGCCCACACAUGUGAAUGCGUGUGUGUGUGUGAGUGGAGAGCGCCUUUGUGUGCAUUUUGUGUGUGCGUGUACCACAGAGCUGCUCGGCCAAUUGGUCAAAGUCGGCGAUGGUGAACAUGUUGCUGUCGUCCUUACGCACAUACUGAACACACCCACACCCACACUCAGAGAGAGGUGCACACUUGUAUGUGUGUGUGUGUGUGUAUGUGGAGGGACCUUGUUGAAGUAGUAGUAGUUCUCGACAGCGUAUAUCUCGGUGUGCGGGGGCAGCACAAAAGGCAGCGGAUCGAUCGACGAUAAGACGAAGUGAUCCACAUCCUACGGACACACACAGAUCGGUGGAUGGGUGCAAGAAUGUGUGUGUGUGUGCCGACUGCCGUCCCUCUCCCUCUCUCUCUCUCUGUGUGUGUGGUGUGGGUGUGUGUCCGUGAUGGCCGUGUACCUGUCUGCAAGUGUCGAAGUUCGGCUGCCCUUCUGCCGUGUAUGUCGACCCUGCACAUGCAGUCCACACACAUAUAUGUGUGUGUGGAUGCAUGUGUGUCCACGCACCCUGCACCAAAGUCAUGGAAGCGCCCCGCUGACCACACACAUACACACAUCCAUCCGUCCACAUGCAUUUUCGGGGAGGGAGGGAUCGGUCUGUGUGUCUGUCUGUCUGUCUGUCUAUGUGUGUGGGUGUGGUGUAUGGGUGGGUAUGUGUACCUGUAGGCAGGAGACGGUGUGUGAAUCAUUCUCUUGUUGUCUGCCCUUGGAGAGCGUAUGUACCUGCACACACACAUUGGUACAUUGACACACACACAUUGACACACACACACGCCUCCAUCCAUCCAUCCAUUUUGCGUGUGUACCAGGCCUUCGAGAGCGAGCUGCCUUCCCAGCCCGUCAUAGCUCUUGGAGUACAAGCUGUACACCGACCUGCACACACACACACACGUGCAUUCGUACCAUGGACCCACCCAUGCCUCCGUCUGCGUGGGCAUACAUACAUACAUACCCGCAGAAAUCGAGCUGUUCGGUCGCAGCUGACACCUACGCACACACAUACGAGAGAGGUGAUGGAUGGAUGGAUGGAUGGAUGGAUCCCAUCCCUCUGUGUGUGUGUGUGUGUGUGUGUGUGUGUACAUUUGUGUCGACUUCGACGACCACCUGGGCAGAGCCGCCGCCCACCUCCACCAACGCAGCACGGCUGCACCCAACCAAUGCACACACACACAUACACAUACAUACAUACAUACAUAGAUAUGCGCAGAUCGAUCGAUCGAUCGGUGUGUGUGUAUAUGUGUGAUCUGUGUACUUGGGCGCCUUCUCCUUCGUUGGCUGCUCGUCUGCCCGCCUACACACACACGUGUGUGUGUACCCCGUGUGUGUAUGUGUGUGUAUGGUGGGUGAGUGCGUAUGUGUACGUGUGUUUCUGCCUGAUGACGGUGAGGUCGCUGCCAAAGGUGCCCAGCAGCUGGUUGAGCACAAACCAUCCCAUGGCACCCUCCCUCUUGCCAUCCAUCAGCUCGGCCCACUCCUAAUCAAUCAAUCAAUGGAUGGAUGGAUAAUCGACACACACGUCAUGGAAUGGGUGGAUGGACAUUAUUUUGUGUGUAUUGGGGGUGGGGAUGGGUGACAGGUGGGGGCGUACUUACGUGUCGAAAGAGAAAGGGCCAUGACGAGAGAAUUGCCCGUAUGUGCGAAAGAAAGACGCCCUGUGUGUGGCAUAGCAACCACACAUGUGCAUCGAGAUAUUUCUCUCCCUCUCAGAUCGCCAUCCGUGUGUGUGUUUGUAUGUUUGUAUGUGUGUGUGUGUGGCACUUGGGUGUGUUCGUCCAUUGUGCGCAUGCCGGCGGUGCCCCUGAACACACACACACACACACACAGACGCACAGAAGGACACAAACCAAAUAUCCAUCCAUCCAUCCAUCCAUUUCCGCGCAGAUGAGCACUGUCGGAUCACCUGAAGAGCACGACGGUGGACGCGUGCAUCGCAUCGUCGAUGCUCUCCACACAGAAAGACCGCAAUCUUUACACCCACCCAGCCACACACACACACACACAUGCGCAGAGGGAGAGAGAGAGCCAGAAGGAGAGAAGGGAUGCACGCCGGUGCGCUAUCUACCCAUCGUCACUUACGGCUCCAGGUAUCUCUCUAUGACGUCAAGCGAUGGCUCAUCAACGAAAGAGGAGAGCCCCGGACGCACCUGCACACACACACACACACACACACACACAAAUAUAUAUAUCCAUCAACACGGAGCAACACGACACACACAGUCGGGGCAGCCACGUGGCCUCUUAUCCUAUCUAUCGACCUUUUUGCUGGUGUCGGGCAUCCACACAGUGACGCCCCCGGUGCUGCCGCACUUUGACGCGUCAUACGCUGCACACAUAAGUAAGGCACACGCACCCACAGACAGCCAGAGAUACAUACGUGCAGAGUGCAUGUCUUCCUCUGAUGUGCGUGGCUGGCUGGCUGACCGUAGGAGUAGAUGUGCGCCCUGGUGCCUGUGCUGCCGCCAUCUAUCACUAUCGCAUACCUACAGCCAAGCCAUGACACCCACAGAGAGAGAGAGGGAUUAGGUUUCAUGACUCAUUGUGUGUGUCUGGUCAAUGAGUUUCUGUACCUGUCUGAUGAUUCCUCUGCUGCUGCUGCCGCUCCUGCUGUCUGUGCGCAUAUUGCGCACACGAACAAUAAUGUCACCACACAAUGACACACAAACCGAGAACAGUGAAGCCACAUGCUCUGAGCACACACACACCCAGUCCCAUAGCCAGACAGGGAGAGAUCCAUUCAUGCGUGCGUGCGAUGGCCCAGGUCAGUUGCGUACCUAUGAUGGAUGUUUGUGAGGCAGAUCUAUCUCCACAACUCAUCCAUCGGCAUGUCCGGAUCAGCACAGGCAAGGCCUUAAGACCAACGCC